UCCGCAACCCAAUCCACGCCAUUCAUAUACCGGCUCAUCCUCCUUAGCAUCGAGCCCUUCCUCGCCACCGCCGGCGCCAUCAUGGUGUCGGUCAAGCCGGCUGCUUACGCUGACGCCAUGACGCGCGGGAGCAUUACCUUUGCGCAGAGCAACGCCUUUAUUUAUACCCAGAUCGGGGGCUCCUGGAUCUAUUUUGCCUUUAUCGAUGGCGUGGUGAUGCGCAUGUUCGACGACUUGGCCCUCUGGCGCGUGCUGUGCACGGGGAUGCUGCUGAGCGACAUCUGGUACUGCGCCGGCACGGUCCAGGGCGCCGGGGGGCUGGCCAAU